CACACUGGCUUUAGCCCACACCGCUCUCCCUCUGUCCAAGAGAAGACCCGAACCUCUCAUCCCAACCAAUUAUGUGAAACUCAGACGGGAACGUUAGUCAGAUGUUUAAACUCAUCGUCGCUUCAUUGUACUUGAGUGCGGUCUAUUUUCAACACUGUCACACAGUUUUCAACCAGGCUACAGAUCCACAAGGAUACCUGGUGUGAGAUGCGGCAAUGUCCCGAGGAAUAUGCCCACGCGUAAACUCUUGCGGAUCCUUUUGGAUUUUGUCAGCGGUCAUAUUUGCGGCACAUUUGAUCGACGUGGACGCGUACAGCUGUCAUGAAGUGAAGACCGCUUUCCAGCUGCGGCAGGUCGGGCCGCUGCACCGCGUCCCGGAGACACCUGGCACAGAUGUGGAUCUGAUGAUUUGUAAGCACCAGGGUCCGUCUUGCUGCACCCGGAAGAUGGAGGAGAGCUACCAGUUGGCUGUAAAAAGGGAAACCCUCCAAAACAUUCAGUCCUACAGCUAUGAGCUCGAGCACCUCAUCUCCGGCCACUCGGAUGCCUUCCAGGACAUGUUCCAGUACCUGCUAUCCUUCUCUCAGGGCCACCUGAGCUCUCUGUUAGAGGGAACCUACCCAUCCCUGUCCCGCCAUGCUCUCCCCCAUGUUAACCAGCUCUUCGCCUCACUGUCCCUCUACCUCCGUGGGGCCAACGUGUCAGUGGAGGCGUCAGUUCACCAAUUUUUCAACAACCUCUUCCCACUCGUCUACACAAGGCUCAUCAAUCCAGGCAUCGAAGGCAACAUGAUGGUGGGCAUUGAAAUGGGCGACUGUCUCCGUAUGAUCAGGCAGGAUGUCAACCCUUUCGGGAGUCAUCCAGCCGUCAUGGCCCAGGAAAUGGCCGAGGCGUUGGGAGCCGGGAGACAGCUCGGCCUGGCCCUGGAGGAGGGUCUGGAGGUGAUGAAUGCCACCGAACAUGUCAGCAUGAGCAAAGAGUGUGUGAAGGGCCUGGUGAAGAUGGUUUACUGCUCCCACUGCAGGGGACUGACGCUCAUCAAGCCCUGCGUGGGAUACUGUCUGAAUGUAAUGCGGGGCUGCUUGGCCAGCGUGUCGGAGCUGGAUCAGCCUUGGAGGAGGUAUACCAGCCUGUUGGAGCAACUAACCCACGCCAUGGCGGGGCACCACAGUCUGGAACUAGCCCUUCUGGGGGUCAGGGACCACGUUAAUGAGGCCCUGCUCUACGCACAGCUCCAUGGUCCACUCAUCACCGCCACGGUGGACAAGGUGUGUGGCCUGUCUACUGGAGCACCCACAAGCAUGCGGCCUACUAGCCCUGAGGUCACAACCUCUUCUGUGACCUCAACUUCUCUUCCUCCGUCUGCCGCCCCCUCCCAAUCCUUACCAGAGCAGUGGCAGUCGCAGUUAGCCCACUUGAGGAGCUCGUUCCCCCUGAAACCCUCCAAGAACAAUAAACAUAAUCUGAGAACCCUCUCUAGGGAGUUCUUGAUGUACCUGCAGCGCUACAAGUCUUUCUUUGCAGCAUUGCCAGAGAUGCUGUGCGAAGGGGACAAUGUUGUUGACGACUCCACAUGCUGGAGCGGAGGAGACGUGGUGGAGAGCUAUACUGGAAGAGUUGUAGGAAACGGUCUGCACGCCCAGAGGCAAAACCCAGAGGUCAAAGUUCGCAGCCCGAACCCUACACUGGCCGAGGUCAAGGAGAGGUUAGAGCUCUUCAACCAGGAGACCCAGGAGAAGUUUCCUAAGCUGGGCCAGAUGGAGGCCUGGGAUGAGUUGGGCAGUGGGGAAACAGAGGAGGGCAGCACCACAGACUGUGACGAUGAAGAUGGCUGUCAGGCCUCAGGAGACGGUCAAGAACAUACUUCACAUACAGCCUCAAGUGGAGGGAAGCCCUUGGGGAGACAGCCUGGAGGUGAAAGCCCACGCGAGAACCCUUCCAAGCCCCCCUCGGUGAAGGUGAUAGGGGGCUCAGCGACUUCCAGCUGGGCACGGCUGUGGAGCCUCGCACUGCUCUUUGCUGCACUUUGCCUGCAAUGGACCCUGUUCUGAUUCCAGCAUCUUCUGUGAAUCCCCCACCGACCCCUGCCUCCUCUAGGAUCAACAUACAUGCACAGAGACACUCAUAUCAUAUACAUAUCACGCAUAGUAUCCUUUCUCCUGCCAUUGAUGGGUGGUUAUAACGGGAAAUCGGCAAAGAAGACAAGUUGUGGAAGAGAAGAGGACACGUGCAGGAACUUGUUGUCCUUCAGCAACACUGAUGUUGGUGAAGCUUUAUCUCAUGCACGCUCAUCUUCUAAGAUUAGUCCGGCUGCUUCUAGGCUGUUUUGGGGGCUGGACGUUUAUGUUUACAGACAUCAAUACAGCCCCAUCACUCACAUAUCACACCUUUUGUCGUCAGAAUGGGUCAGCAUCAUUCUGAUUUUACUUAAAAAAUGCUUACACAUAUAGACUCACAUUCACGUUUCACAUAUACAAAUAUAGCCGGCUUAUUUUCCUGCUGUUGGUUUUUGCUUAUCCUUCGGAGCUAAAAACACCAUCACGGCCACUGCACCAUCUGCCAGCCAGGCAGAAGAAUUCAUUUGAAAACUCGACUCAUUUUCUUUUGGAGGAUUAAGGAAUGCAUGAUAGAUUGAUAGAUCAAUCCCAGGUGCCUGGCCCAGAACAGCAGAUUUGUUAUACUCUAAUGACUGUGUACCUGGGCGGGGAUUAGAAUGUAAUGAGUUCACAGGUAGAGCACGGGCACACUUGCACGGCUGAACACAUUGUGCAGACAAACUAGGUUUGUAUAGUAUGUAACUGUAUAUAGGUGGAAAGAUUUGAAAAUUGUAUGAGGUACUGAUUCAACAAAAAGCUCUUAACUGAUCGAGCUAAUUGGGUUUUUUCCCUUAGCUAUGAAUGGACUGUGCUUGUCUGCUUCAUAUUACGUAUAAAAUAAUGCAAAUAAACCUAAAGAAAUAUCAUUUCUGUAAGAAAUAAAGCAGGAAUGCACAUCAUUUUCGAACUCAAGCCAACUACAGAAAUUGACACAUUUUGGAUGUUUGAACAAAGCUUGUACAUUGUUGAUUUUACUAACGUUUAUUGUGCAUCCAGUUUUGUGUGUUUGCUUGUUGAAUUGCACAUUAAUGCAUGAAUGACCUAUCAAGUUAUCAAAAUUGUUACGGUAGGAUCAGGGCCUUAUUUGGGGAAGCAUCGAAAAAUCAUAUAUCGCUUUUUUUUCCAGUAUAUCUCACUGAUGGUGCGAAGUCAGGUUUCAUCUUCCUCUCUCAAAGGUCGAUUUGUCACAUGCAGAUUUAAAUACAAUUUAACACACACAAAAAGAGAAAUGUGGGUGUAUCUGUUGCCCAGUAUAAUCACUAAACAGAAGCAAUAGUGCACAAUGGCUAACACUAUACUAUGGUAUAUAUAUCCAUUGUGUCCCUUUUCAUGGAUUUAUCUUACACUUUGCCAAAUAAGCUCCAUUGUCUCGUCACUCACUCUUAAGCAGACCAUUCCUUGGAAUUCCAACAGAAUAAAAGCAAAUCUUAUUUUGUUUUUUAAAUGAUUCCUCAUGGGGAUGGAGCAAAAGGGAAGUUCAACAAAAGACUCUGUGACUGCUAUAAUGGCUUCCUCCGUGUAUCUGUUUUCGCUCUGUGUAGAUGAGGAUGCUUAAUGUAAUGUACACUUAAGUACCUGAAUGAAUAGUGUGAAUGAGUUUGAAUGUACGGUCAAUGCUAUGCAGAUACAGUAUUAUACCUGAUAACCCCUAAAAGCUAUAUGGAUACAGUAUCUAAGGUAAACAGGUCUACACACUUACAAGGGUCUAUGUGCAGUGAAAUACCUCCCCUAUUAACUUGCCUGUUUUGUAAACAGCUCUCCCUCUCCCUACUGAAAAGUAACUCACCAUUGACUCUGCCUAAAAGUAGAAGACCCGCUUAACUACUCACAUAUACAUGCAAUAUAUAUUACUUUGCAGCUAUGUAAGGUUUUAGCAAUUUAAAUGUGUCACAUCUUAUGUUCUGUAACCACAUUUGUUUAGAUCAUACUGUAUGAGUUUGUUAAUGACUGUCGUUCAAUGCACCCACAGUUCACCUACAGCCCUUUACCCUCGCAUGUGUAUAAAUGUAUAUAUUUUAAGUCACUUG